UAUUUUGUUUCCUUUUUUAAAAGAUUUCGAAUUUGAAAUAAUGAAAUCCUAUUGGUUGGUGAACCUAGAGGUUCUGCUAUCAAUAUUACAUUUCCAAUAUAUAUACACCCAAGAACACUCAAAAUAAUAUGGGUUUCACUCAUCGACUAAUAUUUUAAACAAUCGUGUGUAUAUGCCAGUUUGAUAAUGUCUUCAAAACCAAUCACACUUUUUUAAUACUAGAUAAUUAUACUGUUACAAACUAUGAAAAAACUAAUCAAUUUAUAACGUCAAAUUUAGUAUGUUUCAAUUGUAUAUAUAAAAUAUUAAUGGCACACGGAUAUUUAGUAUAAAUUGUUACAUUCAUGUAUACGCAACAUAGCUUUAUACACGCGUUCGUUACAGAGUAAAGCGAGUUCUGGAAAUGGUGUGAUGCAACUCAAACACGAUUCUUGUAUAUUUGCUAGGAAGUUUCAUAAGUCACAUUUAUUUGAUAGACCUAUGAUAUAAAAAGUAAACGAUCUUAAGACUUAGGAUUCGUUAAAGUUUAUUUAAGAUAUUAAUGUAAUGCACGAGAAACUGGAUCAGCGGACUUGUCUAUCUUCAAAUUUAUUACACUGUGAGUGCAUAUAUGUGUAUAACGUUAACGUAUAAUACAUGGAUUCAUAAAAAUUGAUCUCUUUGCAGAUGAAAUAAAAACAUGUUCAACUUUCUUUGAUAUAUUUUUUUUUUGGUAGCAUCUUUCAUAUUUUCUAUGAAUCAAAUUUCUGUUGAAGUUACACAACUAUAUAUUUGGUAAUAUAUCUCUUUGAAGAUAAAUCUUAUUUUAUUUUAUUUUUCGACCAAAAUCUUAUUUUAUUUUAUUUUCUUCCAAGCCUAACGUGUAAAUUGAACGGUGAUUGAUUUAACAAAAGUAUUGAUAUAACAAAUUCUCAAUCUAGGAAAUUUAACCACUAGUUUUUAAAUAGUGUCAUGUUUUCCGUAUAGUUUAUACAUUUUAUGCUAUUCAUUUUCACGUUGAAAUCAGAUUUUCUUUCACCUAUUGGCAAUUACGACAUUUAGUUUAUAAUAUAUUUCCUUCCUUUUUAAUUAAGAUAUAUCGAAUAAAUCUACAAGUUAGAUGCUUUUAAUUUAUAAGGUGUAAUUAUUACUCUUUUCUAAAUCUACUCUUAUACUAUUUGUUAGUUAAAUGUGAAAAUUAAAUUAGUAUUUGAUUUAAGAUUAGAAGAGUUAUUGGAAACAUUUUUCAAAAUAUAUAUUUUAAACAAAAAACAAAUAUUUGGUUAGAAAUUUGCAAUUUGUGAAUCUUGCGAGGCUUCUAACCAAACGGUAGUCCCCGUCACGCUCUCUAUUUAUAGAGGAAAAGUCAAAUAAAUGACAUCCCACAAGUUUCCUUCUCUGUGAAAGCCCGAGAAAGGACAAAAGAUAACGUUCCCAGAAUAGCACCCAAACAUAAAUGCAAAUAAAGUUACAAGGGUAAAACAGUCAUUAUAAAUCGAUUUUAUAUUUUAAGGAGGUUCUUUGUUUCUCCACCUCCCAAGCUUCAACUGAAAACGACUCCAAAGCAACCCGCCUUAUUACGCUAUUAUAUUUUUAUUAAACAUUUUCUUUGAUUUUAUAAAAAUAUUAUUACUUAUGGACCGACUUUCCUAUAUAAUAACGCAUUUAUAUUUCUUUUUCUCCCAUAUAGAAUCAAUCCUUCCCUUUUGUUCUCUCUCAUUCUCCUUCUCCUCCUCUCAUUCAUAUUCUCCAUCGUCUGCUAAUAAAGGAAAACAAGAAUGGUGGACCUUGAAAGAAGAGUAUGUUGCAUGUGUGGUGAUGUGGGUUUCAUCGAUAAGCUCUUUCAUUGCAGCAAGUGCCUUAAUCGCUUUCAACACUCGUACUGUAGUAGCUAUUACAAAGAGCAAGCUGAUCCAAUUAAAAUCUGCGAUUGGUGUCAAUGGGAAGCGAGGAGCCCAACCGGAGCAAAGCACGGUGUUAAAAGUAGAUCGUCUAAGAGAUCGUACCGGUCGGAAUAUUCUUCAGCUCACCAGAUCAAACAACAAGAGAUUAACCAGAUUACUACAAGUAGUAGUAUUCCUCCAGCAACCGACAAGGGUAAAACCGGCGCACCUUCUCCGAGAUCGGCCACUCGCAGGUACAAGCUUCUCAAGGAUGUCAUGUGUUAGUAAUGUUUUCGAAGUAACCAAAAGUUGAGAGAGUUAUAGAGUAAUUAGGAUCUGAGAUAUAAUAAGACACAUAUACAUGUAUGUAAGAUAUAAAUAGGGAUGUCUUUGAUGUCGCUAUGAGUGUGAGAAUGUAAUAUACCUGCGGAGUUAUGUAUGUCAUGAAUAUGAUGAUGUUAGCGAGUGUUUUAAAUAAAUAGUAUUUUUGGCUUUGAAUGA